AUGAAAGAUAUUAUUCAACUCAUCGAUUUACCGGAUGAAUUACUAUUAGCUAUUAUGAAAAAAGUCAAUCCUCAAGUUUUAUUGUUGUGUCUGUGUUCAAUGAUUGAUAUUGGUAAUUGUCGUUUAGAACAACUUGCAUUUGAUAAAUGUCAUUCAACUGAUUUAACUUUGAAUUAUUUUCGAGCGCCACAUAAAUUACAACGAGAUAUUCUUUCAUACAUGCCUCGUUUACGUCAAUUUAAUUAUCAUAUUCGUUCAAUAUUAAACGUUGCUUCUCAUAUUAAAAUUCGUCAAAGUUUUCUUAAACAGCAACAACCAUUUAAUUGUGUAUUCGAUCAUUUUAAGAAUAAAUAUGAACAGAUUUCCACUGUUUGA